CCCCCUGAGAAAAAGAACAGGAAAUGACAUCACCAUAGGAAAUGACAUCACCAACCCAAGGAAAUCUAAACACAUGACUAGAAAGAGGGCCAUACCACCAGGGCUUCAUCUGAAGGCUCACUGAUGAUGAUGAUGAUGAUACCUAGUGUGAUGACGAAACAUCUGAAAACGAACCUUACAGCCCACUCUGUUCCUCAUCCACACAGAACAAGUACCUUGGACCUGUUGGGCAAGAUCAAGAGCUGGGACUCCUAUUUCUGAAUACAGAAUUCAUCUCACUUGCAGUCUCGCCUUCCUGUCCCUGACCACUGAUCGAAUUUAAGAUUUACAAAGUAGUUGUGAAGAUUGGCCUGAUUAUGCACUGUUGCAGAGUGAUCUUCCAAUAUGGAUGAACGCACCACGAAAGAAACUACACUUCCCUGCUACAUCCAUCGAUCCCUUUUCAUAUUGCUGAUACUGAUGACAGUACUGAUGCUGAUUUUAAAUUUGCAUAGUAUAAGGUAUGAUAAAUAUUCAAUUUCUGGCUCUGAUUCUAAAUGGAGGAGUUAUCCAACUCCAAAACUUUAUUCUGCUAUGAGGCAGAAAACCGAGCCAAGGAAUCUCCAUUGGACAGACAGAUUAUUGCAAUAUGGCUACCAGAAUCACAGCUUCACCCCUGAAGAAAGGUCAGAGGGAACAUUCCUUAUGAAAAUGAUCGAAUGGCCUAAACCACCCAACUCUGCUGUGCCCUGUGAGAAAAGCAGCGACCCAGCACAUGUUCGCUUUGUAAUUUUAAAUUCUGCAAAGACUUUCUAUGUGGGAGAUCAGCUACAAGUGAUGCUGCAGAUGAGUGAUUUUUAUGGUCACCCAAAGCGAUAUGGGGGUGACUAUCUCCAAGCUCGGAUCCACACCCCAGCUUUAAAAGCUGGUUCAGCAGGAACUGUUAUAGACAAUGAAAAUGGAAUUUACUAUAUCAAUUUUAAUUUAUCUUGGUCGGGGAAAGUUGAAGUCUCUGUUUUACUGGUUCAUCCCAGUGAAGGGAUCCAAGCACUUAAAAGACUACGUCAGGAGCGGCCAGAAAGAGUGUAUUUUAAAAGUACCUUCAAAUAUCGGGGUACUUCAGAGACCACUGUGUGUAAUCUUUAUUUGCCUCCAUCUAAACCACUUUGUAACUUUACUGAUCCCAGGACUGGGGAACCCUGGUUCUGUUACAAACCAAAGAAGCUUCCCUGCUCUGCUCGUAUCAACCAUUUUAAAGGAGGUUAUGAGAAAAAUCUCUUAAUUGGAAAAGAGGACCAUUAUUUCCAAAGUGCAAUAAACAUAAAGAGGCCUAUAUUACCCAGUUCCGCAGGUUAUAUAAUGGUGGAGCCUUCACCUCAUGCAGCUCCACCUCUUGGAGCAUGUGUCCAGGGACAGCCCAUGGUGUCACCAUCUGGUUUUUAUUAUCAGGACCAGUGGAUGUCAACAACCUGCAAUAUUCACCGCUUUGACACGCCUGCAAAGAUUACAGACUGUCUUCAUGGAAAAAGUGUCUUUCUGUUUGGAGAUUCCACUGUUCGUCAGUGGUUUGAAUAUUUGACUGAAUUCAUUCCAGGUCUCAAGAUAUUUGAUCUUCACAAUCCAAAAAACAUAGGCCCUCAUCUUGCUGUGGAUUUAGAACACAAUAUCCUGGUAGAAUAUCAUCCCCAUGGCCCACCAAUCCGAUUCAACACUGUUUCGAGCCAGGACCUACACUACAUUGCAAAUGAACUGGAUGAAAUUAAAGGAGGAAAGGGAACGGUCAUAGCUAUCACCUUAUGGUCUCAUUUCAGCACUUUUCCAGUGGAAGUUUACAUCAGAAGACUACAGAAUAUCCGCAGGUCAAUUUUGCAGUUACAAGGGAGGAGUCCAGAUACAGUGGUUGUAUUGAAGACUGCCAAUGUGCAGGCCCUUCCAGGAGAUGUCAGUCUGUAUAACAGUGACUGGUACUCCUACCAGCUUGAUAUCCUGAUGAGAAAGAUGUUCACAGGCAUCAAUGUGGCAUUUGUAGAUGCCUGGGAGAUGACGAUAGCACAUUACUUGUCACAUAAUUUACACCCUGAGCGAAUCAUUGUAAAAAAUGAAAUAGAUGUACUUCUUUCAUAUGUGUGUCCUUCUGGAAAUAAAUAAAGAAAUAAACUAUGUAUUAAAUCUG